AAAAACAACAUGGCGGAAGCGGUGUCUGACGGGGACGUUCAGAUUGUGAAGCCUCCAUUUAAACGUCGGCGUGUCCUCGACCCGUCAGCAGUUGUUCCAGUUCCUGUUUACUCCAACCAGGUGAGCAGCAGUCUUCAGCUGAAGCCGACAGCAGCUCUGUUCUCUGAGAAGGAAACCGCAGACGACGGCGCCGAUGACGGUCUGUGGGCGGCGUUUUCCACUGGCGUACCGCUGCUGCCUGACAUCACGCUCAGCGACUCUGAGGACGAAGCAGAACUUGACGAGCUGGUGAAGCCAGUAGAAGAACCUCGCUGCCCUUCGCCGCCUCCAGAGAGUCCGGUCCAGAAACAGUCCAGGAAGGUCACUCAAAAGAUCAAUGACAUCAACAAGAGGCUCCGGGCCGUCAGCGCCGUUCUGUCCCCAGAACCUCAGACCAUCAGGUCCAGAAGUAAUAGAACCCCAUCAUCCCCACCGCCUGGACUGGAACUGGAAGACCUUGAUGAUGAUGUCAUUAUGAGCCCAACCUUGCUGCACACCUCCGACUUGGUCCGGGAGAUCCCCCUUAAGAUCCGUUGCCGAGCAGACGUCCACAAGAUCCCGGUGCUGUCGACGACUCGAUUAAACUGCGUGGUGAAGAAGCUGUCUGUCAUCCUGAACGUCCCGCCUCCUCGCCUCCUCCUGCUGAGGGAUGAUGUGGAACUGUCGGUAGACUCCACCAUCGGCGAGCUCGGCCUCGGCAUCGCUGACAUCAUCGAGUGUGUCGCCAUGGCAGCAGAGGAGAGCAGUAGCAUCACCGUCAAACUGCAGAGCAAAGACCGAGACUCGUGCCAGGAGUUCUCCAUCCACAGAGAGGCUCCGCUGGGCUCUGUCUUCUCCCAGUACCUGACCAACAUCUCAGCUGGCGCCCGGAGAAAAGUCCGUUUCCUGUUCGACGGUGCCAUUGUGACGGACAGCCAGACGGCGGCGCAGCUGGACAUGGAGGACGGAGACAUCAUUGAAGUCUGGACCUGAACCUCCUCAGAUCAUUUCUGGAAGUUUAACAUUUAAAAUCCGCUGCUGCUGUUUUUGUUUGGCUGCUGGCUCUGCUCACCUGAACUGCACUGCCACCUCUGUUUGUUACGUUUGAUUUAAUUUAAUUUGAUAAAUAAAUUUCUUUAGGCUGG